AUGCCGGAUCGACCGAACUUCUUCAUCAUCGUGGCUGAUGACUUGGGCUACAGUGACAUUGGCUCGUACGGAGGAGAAAUCUACACCCCCAACAUCGACUCCCUGGCCUCAGACAAUGGUGGGCAACGCUUCACCUCCUUCCACGUUGCAGCAGCAUGUUCGCCCACCAGAGCGAUGCUCAUGACUGGAACUGACCACCAUCUCACUGGGCUUGGACAGCUGGCAGAGAUGGUUCGCAACUCGCCCGCUCAUCAAGGCAAGCCAGGUCAUGAAGGCUAUCUGACUGAUCGUGUGGCUGCGAUGCCAGAGCUGCUGAGAGAUGGGGGGUAUUACACUAUGAUGGCUGGAAAGUGGCAUCUGGGCCUCAAGCCAGAGUACGGACCAAAAGCUCGAGGGUUUGACAGGUCGUUCUCUCUACUCCCUGGCUGCGCGAACCACUAUGCUUUUGAGCCAGACUACGAGAAAGUAGAAGAGCCGCCAAGGUUCUUCGAAACUGCUGUUACAGCACUGCAUGCUGAGGAUGGACAAUAUAUCAACAAACUGCCGGAAGACUUCUACUCAUCCGACGCCUUUGCCUCAAAAUUGAUCCAGUACCUCGACGAAAGGUCGGUCGAGGAGAAGGAGAAGCCCUUGUUCGCCUACCUGCCCUUCUCGGCACCACACUGGCCUCUUCAAGCGCCAAAAGAAUCCAUGGACAAGUACCGGGGCAUGUAUGACGAUGGACCAGAUGCUCUGCGGCUGCGUCGGCUACAUCGCCUCAAAGAGCUUGGUCUCCUGGAUCCGAACAUCGUGCCCCACGAGAUCGUAGCUGUGGGCCGCGAGCAAGGCCACUGGAACACCCUCACCGACUACGAGCGAGCAAAGUCCGCCCGCUCAAUGGAGGCUUAUGCAGGCAUGGUCGAUCGGAUGGACCACAAUAUCGGCCGUAUUCUCGACAGUCUUAAAGCCUCCGGCGAGUACGACAACACUUAUAUCCUCUUCAUGUCCGACAACGGCGCCGAAGGAGCCAGCUACGAGGCUCGAGAUAUGAUCCGGGAGGACAUCCUGACGCAUAUUGCCAAGUACUACGAUAAUUCGUUAGACAACAUCGGCCGGGCGAAUUCGUUUGUCUGGUAUGGGAACCGCUGGGCGCAGGCAGCAACGGCACCUUCGAGACUGUACAAGAUGUUCAGCACGCAGGGUGGAUGUCAUGUUCCGUUGGUAGUCAAGCCAGCAGUGCAGCAGAAGAACGAUCGACCGAGUGGCAAUGCAAUAAUCCCCGCCUUCUGCACCGUCCAAGACAUCCUACCAACCCUUCUCGACCUCGCUGGCCUGCAACAUCCGGCCCCAAACUACAGAGGCCGCGAAAUCUUGCCCAUGCGUGGAAAAAGCUGGAAGGACUUCCUCUCGUCGCCGUCGAUUGAUGAUGUCUUUGCAAUCCACGGUCCGGACCAUGCUACCGGCUUCGAAUGCGCAGGAAGCGGUGCGCUGCGGCGUGGAAGAUACAAGAUAACAUAUGUUCCAGCUCCGCAUGGUCCGCAGAGGUGGGAGCUUUUCGACAUCGAGGAUGAUCCGGGGGAGACGAAGGACAUCAGUGCUCAGCAGCCAGAAGAAUUCGAGGCUCUGCUGAAGUUGUGGGAAGAAUACAAAAACGAAGUUGGAGUGGUGGGAGUCAGAGAAGAACUUGGUGAUGGCUCAGAAAAUGCUUUCAAAGACGACUUUGAAGACGUCGGUCGAGUGACGCGCUGGAUUGGGAAGGAGGAUGUGCCAGAGCAUGUCAAGCCGAAGUUCUGGUGA